UCAGACGACAGUAUUCAUUCAAAGCGUAUUUGAAAUCCUCGUCAUAAAGUCUGUCUGAGGUUUUGGAGGAGAUUUAAGCCUACAUAUUGACGGUGACUGGCGUCAUUUCUUAAAAAAGAGCUGAACAGCGUGCACUUGGAUUCAAGUGUAAUCGCGACACAAGACCACUGCGCAGAAAGGUACUGAUACUUUCAUCAUUUCUGCCCAGAGGACAUCCACCAUGAUUCGACUAGUGAUUCUGUUGUGUAUGGUGGCGGGUUCCCGCGCACUGUCGUGUGCACCAUGUAAUGCGAUCUCAUGCCAGCCGCCUGAAAACUGUCCUGGAGGGACUACCAAGGGGGUGUGUGGGUGCUGUGACGUGUGCGCAAAGGUUGAAGGAGAGGAGUGCGGUGGCCCAUGGAACCUUGCCGGCGUUUGCGAUCAGGGACUCGUAUGUGACAAACCUCAUGACGACUUUAAUGUUCACGGAACCUGUAAGAAGAAUAAGUCUUCUCUUCAAGAUUGCGGAGAAAAUGCCCAUUUCGAUGAAUGCGGUCACGGCGCCUGCCAACCGACUUGCGACAACCCAGCUCCCUUCUGCACCAUGCAGUGCAUUCCCAGCUGUCAGUGCGACAACGGGUUUGUGCUGCAUGACGGGAAGUGCAUCGCCGAAGACCAGUGUCCGGACCGGAAGUGUCCAGAAAACAGCCAUUUCCGGCAAUGCGGCACCUGCAAGAGGACGUGUGAGAACCCGAAUCCCGCGUGUACCAGGGAGUGCAAGCCUCCCGGCUGCCAUUGCGAUUCCGGCUACCUCUGGAAAGAGGAGCGCUGUAUUCCCAGGAGUCAAUGCGAUGGGUGUUCCGUUGAAGGAGGUGACUACUACCCGAACGGUGCGAAGUGGGCUGGUGAGACCGAGGGAACCAACUGCAUGUGUUUGAUGAAGCAAGUUUUCUGCACUCCUAUAGACCGGAGCCACUGCCCUAAGGAUUCCCGGAUCGACCUCGCAUGGGUUGAUGACAAGUACCCCCUUUGGACCUGCAUUAUCGGACCUCCUGAAAAGACUCCAAGCGAGCUUCCUGAACAGAAGUGCCCGGAGAACAGCCACUUCGAGAGUUGUGGGAAAGGCAGCUGCCAACCGACGUGCGAGGAGCCAAACCCCAUCUGUCCCAUGGCUUGCAUCCCGUCAUGCCACUGCGACCCUGGCUAUGUGCGGGGAGAAGGAGGCUGCGUUCCCGUAAGUCAGUGCGGCGGAUGUUUGCUGGAGAGCGGGCAAUACUACCCGAAUGGCGCCAAGUGGGCAUCGAAUAAGGUUGGAGUGAACUGCAUGUGUCUGAAGAGGAAGGCUUUCUGUGCGCCGAUAGACAAGACCCACUGUCCCGUGUACUCCCGUAUCCAGACCAGCGAGACUGGCAGCCAUGUUAUCUGGACCUGUGUGAAAGAGACGACGACCAAAUGUGAGAGGGAGCGGGAGCUAGCCCUGAAGUCUGGGUCGAUGGACGUGUUCAUUAAACAGUGUGACGACGACGGUUCGUACCUGCCGGUCCAGUGCUAUGGGUUCACCGGGGACUGCUACUGCGCACACCCGCACACCGGCUCGCUGUACGAGGAGACUCGCGCGCAGGGGAGGCCGGGAGCGGACUGCAGUACCUAUUGGGAGUCGCAAGGAGGUGAAUCAGCUCCAGAGCCCAAGACGAAGUGUGAGAUAGAACGGGACUCUGCAGUCAGGAGGCCCGGAGCCUUCAUCAAGCAGUGCGACGACAAGGGGAAGUACCGCGUGGUGCAGUGUCACGGCUCCACCGGCUACUGCUUCUGCGCCAACCCGAACGAUGGGGCGAUCUUCGACGAGACCGGAAACAGAGGGCAGCCAAAGCAAGACUGCGACAAGUACUGGAAACAACAUGGAAUAAAGACGAAGUGCCAGCAGGAGCGUGACAAAGCUGCGGCUGACCUGGCCUCUGGCAUGCUGGGCCUCUUCGUCAAGGAGUGCGCCGAAGACGGUUCGUACAGGACCCGGCAGUGCCACGGCUCUACCGGGUACUGCUACUGUGUGCACCCCGUGGACGGCACCGUGUACCGGGAGACAGGGGAGAGGCCGUGGGAAGUCACCACUCCUGGAUACGACUGCGACACCUACUGGAAGACACAUGGUGCAGAAACGAAGAAAGAAGAGCUGUGACUGUUUCAUCCAAUACAAGCCCAUCAGCACCCUGCGCUUUAUGAAGAGUAUGCAUGCCUUUGUUAGAAGCAACCAUUAUUGUUUUACAAUUGCUUUCAAAGUAGAUGAAGGGAGUCAGUUUUGCAAGUGCAGCUAGGUAUAACAUAUAUUUGAUGAGGAAACUCAGUUGACACAAAAAAAUUAACGACAUUAUUCUAACAAUUUUAUAAAAAAACUUUUAUUCGUAAGGCUAGAUAGUUGUAAAAUGUAGCGCCAUACAAAUAUGAUACAUCUUUGCAAUCAUUAUAAAAUUGCAAUUGAUAUCAUAUUGUUACCUUAGAAGAAUACAAAAAAGGGAUAAAGUAAUUUCGAAUAGUCCAUACGUAGUGAGUAAGACUGAAAGGACAUUAUCGUAGCAAAUAUGCACUAGCAAUAAUGGCACAGGGUUACCAUAUUCUCGUAGUAUAGAUGCUCAUGCUACAACAUGGAUAAAUUACUACAUAUAGUAGUAUAUAAUUUGGAAGUUCUAUGAUAUCAUAAUACGAUAAGACAUGAUAGUAGUUUAAUGUCACAAGCCGCCAGAAUGUGCCAUAGGAGACAUGUACUGUAAAUGCAGAAAUGUUCACGGUGUUCUAAUGUUUAAUAGACAUGGUGUUUGAUAUUUCUACUCUACUCUGGCAAUCAGAGACUUCAAAGCCGCAUUAUCUGUAUCUUGGUGGCGCAAAUACAAUGGAAAAAAAUAACAUAUUUUGCAUUGGAGUGUUUUAUGUCCUUGAGCAUCCGUAUGGUAGA